AUGCAGACCAAUGAUGACGCUGCCACGGUCAUGACUGUGCCCGCCGUGCUGGCGGUGACCGAGCGAUUCAAAAACAGAAAUGGCUGCCCGCUGCCCGCCACCUGGUUCAUCUCCGUGGCUUACACGCAGCCCGAGUAUGUGCAGAAGCUCUACAUGGGGGGCCAUGAGAUUGCAACGCACACCCUCGACCACAUUGGCAACGCCAACGCCUCACAGAUUGUGGGCGCCCGCAAGUGGCUGAAUGAGAAAAUUCGUGGCUUCCGCGGACCCUUCCUGCUGCACAAUGAGGAGCAGCGCAGCAUCCUGGCGGCCAGCGGCUUUCUGUAUGACAGCACCAUCACCAGCACCUGGGGCCCUGGCGCCUUCUCCCCUGACGGCGCCCACCAAGUCUGGCCCUUCACUAUGGAUUACGGCAUCCCCAUCGACUGCACCAUCGGCACCGGAUCUUGCAGCCUGAGCGAGUCAAACCCGGGCCUGUGGGAGUUCCCUCUGUGGAACAUGCAGGAUGAUGACGGCAAUGUGGUGGCCUCAAUGGAUCCCGUGGGCAACAUCACUGAGAUGUACAUGCGGGAGCUGCGCAGGACCUACAGCGGCAACCGUGCGCCUGUGGCCCUCUUCCUGCACGCCGCCCGCCUCAUCGGCUCCCAGGAGGUCGCUGACCAGUAUGCCGCCUUCUUCGCCUAUGCGCUCUCGCUCCCAAACACAUGGGUCGUCACCAUCUCGGAGGUGCUGCGCUGGAUGACCAACCCAGUGCCGGCUUCCCAGUACAACCUGAGCUGUCCAACCCCCACGGACAUGAUUUUCCCCAGCGGCAGCUUCUGCCUGCCGCCUGCUGGCGGAUGCGUCCAGCACACGGCGCUCAACGGCUUCUGCAAAGAUCCCCAAACGGGCGCCUGCACAGUGAUCAAGCAGUUCGACCUGGCGAUGCAGUCCUUCUACUGCCCCCAGCAGGAUAGCGGCAGCGGUGGCCAGGCGUCUCCCGUGCCUGCCAGCUCGGCUGCCAGCCCAGCUGCCGCCCCACCCACUGCCUCACCCGCCACAGCUGUAUCCAGCGACAGCUUGGCCAACAGCAGCCCGGUGCCCACCACCUCCCUGGCUGGCACGAGCCCAGUGGCGGAUGUGCAGCCGCUGGCAGGUGUGCGCUUCAGCUUUGAUGUGCAGGCCCAGCUGAGCAGCUUUGUUGGCCAGGCAGAGGCGGUGUGCAGCGCUGUGGCCCAGCUGGCAGGCGAAGCUCCCGGCACGUGCACCCUCGCGUCAGUGACAGAGGCGACAGCGGCCGCCGCCAGCACCCGCACGCUGACAUCCACAUCCACAGGCUACCUCCACGUUGUGGUGGUGAUCCGCCCUGCCGCACACACGGAGGCUCAGGUGGCCAGCGCUCUGGCAGCCGCAAUGCAGGAUGGCCGCCUGGCCUCCAAGCUGCAGGCCCUUGGCGUGCAGCUGGCAGUCGGCGUACAGGUGACAGAUGGCGGCAGCUCGCCCCAGCCAGAUGUGGUGAGCGCCGCGCCCAGCAACAACAAGGCCACCGUGGGGGCGGCGGUGGGUGCUGCCGUGGGCGGCGCUGUGGUGGUCUGCGCCUCGGCCGUGGUGUACCAGCUGAUGCGGUCCCGGGCCAAGGCAGCAACAGGCAGGUGCCACAAGUCCGACCUGCCGGUUAGCACGUUGUCUGCCAACAGGGAGCUGCCUGCCAAGCUCAAGGCUUCGCCCCCUGCCAAGGGCCUGAGCAUCACGGCCAAGGCGGGGCCCAUGCAUUCGGGUGACGAGGAAGUGUCGGCAUAUGGCAGCGGCACGCCGCGCAGCACCGCCACACCCCGCUUCUCUGCGGCACCCAUGCCUUUUGGCAGUCCGUUUGGCAAGGGCGAGGCUGCCGUCUGA